ACCAAAAGGUAUUCAGCUUAUGCUUUUGACUUUGGAAACUAUUCCUAUAAAAUGAAGUCUCAGACUAAACGUAAGGCUGACAAUAUCGACCAACAGAAGGUUAGUGGUAGCCAGAGUCCAAAGUCAAAGCAAAACUUCUCUCCUGCUAGGACUUCUAUAGAAUCGCGUCCAGCACAAAACAAUGAUGUGCAAAGGGUGUCGUCCUCGAUUUCCCCCUCAGGUUCUCCAAAAAAUUUGACGAGCUCAAAUACACCAAUGAAAAAAGCACGUAGCCUCGCAAUCAAACCAAGACACACUAGAAGCCCUUCCCCAGCAAUGGUCCCAGAUGACUGCGAUGAGAAGGCAAUGAUUGACCCCCUUAUAGACAAACAGAAGGAUCUGAAGAUCGCGAGUCCUUGGUCCCGUGAGUUUGACUUCAGCGAGUCUUUUUAUACACCUCACACGGUUUUGUGUUUAGUGUUUAUCGUUGUGUGCGUUUUGCUUCUAAUGCGGUAUUACCACUAUAAUGACAUGGGCGUAGUAUCCGAUAUCAAGUUAGGCUUAUUCGCUGCGGCGUUUACAUUUAUCGGAUUCGGCACGGUAAACUUGCCCGAUUCGCUUAUGGUCCGGCCUCACCCGGCCGUAUGGCGUGCUGUGCUUGCGUGUGGCAUUCUCUACUUUACUUUCAUGACUUUUGUUCUCUUCAUUGACUUAAAGACCGUACACCAGUUGUUGGGCUACUAUGAUCCGAAGUUACUUGAGCCGAUCCCUGAACGUGCGUAUGCUGAGGACUGCCGGAUUUCCACAGCAGAGAGACCGUACUUGUUUUUGGAAAACUUGGACAUCUUUAUCGUUGCCCAUGCUCUUGGGUAUGUAGUCAAGACCCUUAUGCUACGUGAUUGGCGCUUGGCCACAUGCCUUUCUCUCGCCUUUGAGGUGUCUGAGCUGAGUCUUCAGCACAUCCUGCCUAAUUUCAGAGAGUGCUGGUGGGAUCACCUCAUUUUGGAUGUGCUCUUAUGCAAUGGUGGCGGGACGAUUGUAGGCGUCUGGCUUCUCCGCUGGCUUAAAGCAAAACAAUACAAAUGGAUCCAUAUGACGAAGAUCAAGGGCAUUAAAGGCAAGGCUCGGCGUCUGCUUGGGCAGCUCAGUCCGCGCAGCUUCGAGAGCUACAGCUGGAACGUCUUCGAGAGGCCUAAACGGCUUUUUCAGGUUGCCGCAGUGCUGGUCCUCAUGUUAAUCCAGGAGUUGAAUUGUUUCACCAUGAAGGCAAUCUUGAACAUGCCCCCUAAACACCCUUUAGUUAUUGGAAGACUGGCCCUAUGGAUGUUCGUGGCAACUCCUGGGAUCCGGGAGUACUACGAGUACAUCUCGAACCCUUCCGUUCAGCACAUCGGCACGACGGCGUGGGUGGCCAUACUUGGCAUCGUCCUGGAGAGCAUUUGGAUUAUGAAGAUGACGAUUGAGGGGAACUACUUCACAGAGGCGGUACCGACCUACAUUGUGCUCCCAUGGAUGGUGGCGAUCACGUCCUUCGCGGUGUGGUGUGUGUUGUACUAUACAGUGCUGCCAAAGGGGCUCGUGGAGCGCCGGAGGCCCAUGCACUGGCACGACUUCGCUUGCUAUUUUGCCGUGAAUUUUUUCUUCUAUUUCUCAUGUGCUGCUGUCCUGGCGCUCGUCCUUAUGGCGCUGCCGGACUUAAAGAUCGGCCGAGAAGCCUUUUUAAAAGUGAUGGAGCCGCACGAGCGGAUCAUUUGUUUCUGGAGGUGA